GCCCUCCAAAAAAAAUGGAGGUCGGAGGAAACGGUGGUGGGCUAGCUGUAAACAAUAAACAGAGAGCUAUGCUGCCGAACAAGAGCCGAGGGGAAUUCGCCCGCAACCAGAGGAAGGAUUCAGAGGGCCUGUCUGAGUCUCCAGACCUUGAGUUUGAAUAUGCGGAUACAGACAAGUGGGCUGCAGAGCUGUCAGAGCUCUACAGUUACACUGAAGGACCAGAGUUCCCCCUCAAUAGAAAAUGCUUUGAGGAGGAAUUCAGAGCACAUGUGUCUGAUAAGAAGUGGACAGAACUUGACGCGCCUCGCCACAGGGCUCACGCCAUGCGGCUGCUGGACGGUUUAGAAGUGACCGCUCGUGAGAAGAGGCUGAAGGUUGCUCGAGCCAUUCUGUACAUGGUUCAGGGGACAUUUGGCGAGUGCAGCUCUGAGGCUGAAGUGCAGCAUUGGAUGAGAUACAACACAUUCCUGCUGCUGGAAGUUGGGACCUUUUCGGCUCUGGUGGAACUGCUCAAUAUGGAAAUCGACAACUCUGCCGCCUGCAGCAGCGCGGUUAGAAAACCAGCCAUCUCCCUCGCCGACAGCACGGAUCUCAGGGUGCUGAUCAACAUCAUGUACCUGAUGGUGGAGACCAUCCAGCAAGAGGACCCCGCCGACUUGCCUGAAUGGAGAGUCGUCAGGGAAACCUUCAGAGCGGAACUGGGUUCCCCGCUGUUCAACAACGAGCCCAUGGCGGUUAUGCUCUUUGGGAUGGUUACCAAGUUCUGCAGUGGCCACGCACCCCACUUCCCAAUGAAGAAGGUGUUGCUGCUGUUGUGGAAGAGCAUACUGUUCACACUCGGAGGGUUUGAGCAGCUGCUGAGCAUAAAGGUCCACAAGCGUGAGAAUCUGGGUCUUCCCCCUCUGCCGGAGGACAGUAUUCGGGUCGUGCGCAGUAUGAGAGCCGCUUCCCCGCCUGCGUCUGCCUCCGACCUCAUCGAGCAGCAGCAAAAACGGGCACGGCGUGAACACAAGGCGCUGAUCAAGCAGGACAACCUGGAUGCCUUCAAUGAAAAAGACCCUUACAAGGCAGACGACCCCCGUGAGGAUGAGGACGACAACGACGACAACGACAACUCAAUCGAGGCAGAGACUUUCCCGCUAGAAAGAGACGAGGUCAUGCCUCCGCCUAUUCCUCACCCUCCAUCGGAGAGGGUGUCCUUCCCCAAGGGGCUCCCGUGGGCCCCAAAAGUCAGGGAAAAGGACAUAGAAAACUUCCUGGAGUCAAGCAGGAGUAAAUUUAUUGGUUACACACUUGGAAGUGACACAGACACGGUUGUUGGCUUGCCCAGGCCCAUUCACGAGAGCAUCAAGACACUAAAGCAGCAUAAAUACGUCUCCAUAGCUGAGAUUCAGAUUGCAAAGGAGGAAGAGUUUCAGAAAACUCCUCUGUCAGGGGGGGAAGAGGAAGUGGAGGUGUGUGCCACCGAGCUGCUCUAUCAGGGAAUCCUGCCCACAUUACCUCAGUAUAUGAUCGCCCUGUUGAAGAUUCUCCUUGCGGCGGCUCCGACCUCCAAAGCCAAGACGGAUUCCAUCAACAUCCUGGCAGACGUGCUGCCGGAGGAGAUGCCGACCACAGUGUUGCAGAGCAUGAAACUUGGCGUUGAUGUCAAUCGACACAAAGAGAUCAUCGUGAAGGCCAUCUCUGCCAUCCUGCUGCUGCUGCUCAAACACUUCAAACUAAACCACAUCUACCAGUUUGAGUACAUGGCUCAACACCUUGUGUUUGCCAACUGCAUCCCCCUCAUUUUGAAGUUCUUCAACCAGAACAUCAUGUCUUACAUCACUGCUAAGAACAGCAUCUCAGUGCUGGACUUUCCGUACUGCAUGGUGCACGAGCUCCCCGAAUUAACGGCAGAGAGUUUGGAAGCGGGAGACAACAAUCAGUUUUGCUGGAGAAACCUGUUCUCCUGCAUAAACCUGCUCAGGAUCCUCAAUAAACUCACCAAGUGGAAGCACUCCAGAACGAUGAUGCUGGUGGUGUUUAAGUCUGCUCCCAUCCUGAAGAGGGCGCUGAAGGUCAAGCAGGCCAUGAUGCAGCUCUACGUCCUCAAGCUGCUUAAGGUGCAGACUAAAUAUCUUGGCCGCCAGUGGAGGAAGAGCAACAUGAAAACCAUGUCGGCCAUCUACCAGAAGGUGCGACACCGGCUUAAUGACGACUGGGCCUACGGAAACGAUCUGGACGCUCGUCCCUGGGACUUUCAGGCCGAGGAGUGUGCGCUGCGGGCCAACAUCGAGCGCUUCAACAGUCGGCGUUACGACAAGAGUCACAACAACCCGGACUUCCUUCCCGUGGACAACUGCCUGCAAAGUGUCCUGGGCCAGCGGGUGGACCUGCCCGAAGACUUCCAAAUGAACUACGACCUCUGGCUGGAACGAGAGGUCUUCUCCAAACCCAUUUCGUGGGAGGAGCUGCUACAGUGAGACACGUUCAAACGACUUCACUCCUUUUUAUUGAUGACCAGACUCCAUGAGCGUGGCAUUCAGGUAACCCAGCACACUCGCUGAUCAGCUGUGAUCUAUGAACUUGGUCACAUGCUCCGCACCGGGGGGAAGAUUAGGAAACAAAUUCCUUGAUUCAGUCAAAUGCCUUGAAGAUUCCAGUAAUGUUGUGAUUCUGAAUUGUUUCCAAGAUAAUUUCGGUUCAGUAACAUGCCACCACUGCGAUGCAAGCGUGCAACAGCAGCCGUCUUUGUCGACGCUUACUUUUACAGCGGCUUGUGAGGUCACCAACUCACUUCCCAUGACGCCCCAUUUUAAAUACAUUUGCUUAGAAUAAAAACAAGUUUUAACUGUUCAACUCAGGCCGGGGAGUGUGGGUUGGUUUUAGGGUUUUACAACAUUUAAGAUGUUUUAAUAAAUGUCACAUUCCUCGUUCGUCAUAGGAGAUUUUCACUUUUCUUUUUUCUUUUUUUAAUAAUUUCCAUAUAUGCAAAUAAAAGAAGGUGCAGAGGUAUGUUUACAUAUGGUUUUAAUUUGACUUGCUUUGUUUGUGUUUCAUGCUAGCACUUGCAGCCCACAUCUAUCCUAUGGCUACGGAGUCAGACUCACAGGACUCCUAAUGAAAAUUAAAUCUAAAUGUGUUUUGUUCUGCAAAAGAAAAAUGGUUCCACGUUAUGUACACCGUAGAAAAAAGAUGGGUUUAUGCAUUUAUUUUAAACUGACAUGUAAGCAAAAAACCUCCUGGUCAACCAUCAUUUUUUCCUCUUUUUCUACUUGUGGUCUUUUUUUGUUGCUUUGUAAUGAAUUACAAAAGUGGAAAAUUGCUUGUAAAUGGUGCAACAUAUUCAUUAUGGAUUGAUUUUUGACACAUUCUAAAACCAUAUACUGUCAGUCCUGCAGCAUUUUUCUUACUAUUAAUAAGCCAAUAAAUAUUUGAAUAUUGUAUUUUUUUUUCCGGCUGCAUUUUGUUUUUGAACCAAAUGGAGCAAAGCAUAUCUUUGCAUGCCUUAUGUGCAUAAAUGUCUAUCAAAGACUGCUGUGCCUCAUCUCCUGACACCCAUAGAGCCGGUGCAUUCAGGUCCAGCAGGGGGAGCCAUUAGUCCACACCAAGUUUGGCUGUUUGCGUCAAGGUCCCACCAGUAUUGACCAAGUACCUCUGAGCAACAGUUUCACCAACCUGGGAGCUCAUUGAGCGUUUUUGCCACAUAUUGAUAGGCUGCUUUAUCCGUGGUGCGGUUAGAGCCGAUUGCUGCGCUCACGGGUGUUUAAGUAGCCAAUCAGAAUGGUCGUUCAAGAUUCACGUGACUGCUGCUCAGAAUCUGCCAGAUGUUUUUUCGGAAGAUUUUUUUUUUUUUCCUUUCGGGGAACUAAACACCUACCUCAUUAUCACUCUCGCCACUUCAGGUACAGCUUUUUGGUGAACAAAGCACAGUUUAUUGCCAGAUUCGCCAAUAUUUUUUCAGUUACAGUCGUCUUUCAUUUAUAGCCGUUAAUUGGUUCCAAACUCGACCGCGAUAAAUGAAUUUCUGCAAUAUGGGAUUCAAUAUUAAGAAAUUACAGCUUAGAAAACAUGUUUGACUUUCUAAAUACGUUUUUUAACAUUAUUAGAGCCCUGUAGAGAUGAAAUAACACCCCUAUAGUCAUCUUUACACUCCAGUUAUUCAUUGUUUACGACACAUUGCUCAACUCUUAUGCUGCAGGGACACAAGACGGCUAGUGAGCUAACCAGUUAUCCUCAAAUUCAUUUCUUUUGAACUUAAGAAGUCAAAAACUUAUCACUUCCACACAGAAUGGGAGGAGAACAUUUUUUCACCUUAUCAUGCCAGACAUGCCAUGGCUGACUUCAUGCAGUGUUAAGGUAAUGUAGUGUAAGGUAAUGUCUCAAUGUUUAGUGUCAUUGCUGCCACCUAGUGACCAGAAUAGUACAUAUCACUGGUCUUUUAAUAUGUUUUGACUAAUAACAGACCAGUCUACAACGAAACAGCCAUCAUUUAUGAAAAACCGCGAUAUAUGAAGGCAGCGAUAACCGAAAGCGUGAUGUUGCGAGUGACGACUGUAUGUCCAAACUGUUUGCUGAUGAUCAGUAGCACGUCACCAGUUGAGAGGGGGCGUGUCCCUAAGCGGCUCAGAGCUGGAGCCAACCCCCCCCACCCGUGAUCAUCGAGUCGGCGUGGUCGGGAAUGAGUCUGUCGGCCAAGAGGAGAAUACAGAUUUAUGGAGUAUUUUGUUAAAACACAUUUGGUAUAUUGCCACACUGGGAUCCAAUAUCAUUUGAGAAAUCACUGAAAUGAGCAGGAUAGGACCAAUUUCAUGUGAUUUUAUUGUAUAAUUAUUAUGAGGCAUUUCACCUUGUAACCCUAAUCUUUAUUAGUAUUUCUAGUGAAACCACAUUUUCUUUGUACAAUAAUGGUAAUCAUAGUACAAUCAUGACUGAGGAGAAUAUACAGUACAGACCCUGCAGUCACACACACACAAGCAUGUGCGGACUAUCCACUGAAAAUCAUCGUUUUGCUCCCCUUCCAUCAGCCCUAUCCUUUUAUCACAUUCCUGCGCUUUAAACGGUUAUUGCUUUAAGAAGCACAAACGGAACAAAUGCUAACAUGUGAAAGUGUAUCCAAGUCAUCCUAGCGCGUUACGCUUGCUGACAAAAGACAACGAUAAAGCCAUUACGUGUCGUUAUUUACAUAACAUACCAAACUACAGGAACACAAACUACAAAAUAGUAAAUAUACAAUUGGAAUGCGCUUCACUAUACAGUACAUCUACAUGAUAUUCACAUCUACGUAUACAGUACUGCAAAUAUACCGCAAUAUAAAUAUAAUCCUUUUAGUAACAGCACAGCUUUUAAAUAUUGUGAUGUAAAAAAAAAAAAAAUCAAUGUUAUCUGCUUUGUAAUAAAUAAUCUGCAGCUACUAUGUUCUUUACAAUCAACACAUGAAUUUGGUGCUUAAAUGUGUUUGUGCCAUUUAGUGACAUUUAAUCGACAAUAUGUUGGUGCUAUGCUGAUGCGUCACAAUCUUUUAGUAAUGUGCAGCGUUUGUGCUUGCCUUUCAUGUAUGCAUUAACAUCUGAGGAGGGAGAAAGUCAAGUGUUUUGCAAGUCUCAAGUCUUUUAUCCAAGUAAAGACGUGCAAGUCCAAGUCAAGACAAAUCGAGUCAAGUCCGAAGUCAUAGGCUUGAAAUGUUCAGUCCUUCCGUGUUUACCAAACAAAAUACCAUGACCGCAUAAUUUGAGAAAUGCACUCCCCUGUAGCAGGGCGGACUUACCAUUAGGAAAACAGACAAUUGCCUAGGGCCCCGAGAUUUCCAGCCCCCCCACCAAACGUCUCAUAAGAACUAAUAAAGUACAUUAAAGUACAUAUUACUGCUUUAGUCUUAAUUGACGUGCUUAAAAGGGUCACUAACAUGCUUUAUCAGCCUUGCUUAAAUAUGUUCUGUAUUGUUUGUAAUUAUGUUCUAUGUUCAAAAAUUACACUUAAUGUUUGUGCCGCAGAAAAGGGGCCUUUCCCAAGUGUUGUCAGUGCAAAGAAACGCUUGUCGAGGUAGCUCGUCGAGUUUGUUCGGUACAUUUUUUAAUCAGUAUAGUAGUCAUGUCAUAUCGUCGUGUUGCUGCUGGCUGUUGAGUGUCCAAGUGAUGCUGCAAGUUUGUUUUCUGUGUUUUGAAGCCAAUCAAUCUUCAUCUCCAUGUCUUUGUCAUCAGAAACGCUAGUUUCGUCGGUGGUUCGAAUAAAUACGGCUCAAUUCCCUGUUCUGCAGGUUUCUAUUUCAUCUCCAGAUGUUUCUUACUCCUCAAACUGUUGACACACCGCUCAAAUCUUUGCUAUAAUCACUGUAAACAUCCUCUGUCUCGUAUACCGCCAUGUUUACUUGGGAAGGACUUCACUUGGGAAACGCCCAACGUAGAACAAAUUUACAAACAAUAUAGAACAUAUUUAAGCAAAGUUGAUAAGUGACCGUUUAAAACUACACCAAAAUGCAUAAUCUGUAGGGGUGUCACAAGAUAUCUCGUUCAGAACAAAAAUAUCUCAUGGGCACUAGGCCUGGGGCGAUAAUGAAACAAAUGAAAACGAAUUGCCAUGUGCAAUGAAUGUCUGUUUUCCUCGUCUCUCGUCUCCAAGCAGGCAGGAAGAGGAAGAUGAUAAACAUUAAUAUUUAAAAUCGAUUUUGGGAGAGUAUAUAAACAUGGCUAUGUAACUAGCUGCUGCCCGCAUUGAAGACAUUGUAUUGAGAUGACAAUAAAACUUAAGUCAGUGCAGUACCAGGAUGUGGAGGGCCCCAAAUGACUACUGUAAAUACGCCCCUGCUCUGUAGCAUGUAGACACAUCCCGGUGUUAAUCGCCACUCUCCAGCAGUGUGGCGCUCAAAGAAAUGUAAGCCAUACCCUCUUUGUCCUUAAACCUGACUGGAUGUUAAUAGAUGCAUUCAAUGAGGCAGAUUGUGCAGGAAUAUUGGGUGUCCUGCUGGAAAUGACAUGACGGUCACGUUAGUUCAAUACUUUGAAUGGGGACACAUUUUAACUCGACACACUCACUGAAAAUCUUAAGUCAUAAGACUAAACCCCGAGUCAAAUCCGAGUGAUCAAUAUCAAAGUCCAAGUCAAGUCCAAAGUCAUCAAAAUUGUCGCGUGACUUGAGUCCACACCUCUGGUCAAUAUUAAGGAUCAUUUGUGCUUCCAUAGUGUGUCUUCAACCACAAUUAAGCUCACCAAUCAAUUAAGUGUGCACCAUAGUUUGUUCCAAAGCAUAAUUUGUUGUGCUUUUGCAGCACUUAAACAUGAGUGUAUACUGUUUUUGUAUAGGAACAUGAAGAUUUCAAGUGUUUUGCCGUGUGUUUCUUAUUCUUUGGUGUAGAAAGUGAAUUGCGCUGAUACAGUGUUUGCCGGAUGACGAUACCCAAACUUUCUGGUAACACAAACUGUAUUAUAGUGGAUCCCCCGCAUAUUUGCAAUUAAGCAAUUGUGUGUGUUUUUUUUUUACAUUUUUAAAUUUGUAA